UAUUUAUUUUGUUUGGUAGUGCUUUAUAUUGAAUUAAAUUGUUUAAAUAUCAAUAAAUACGCUAAAUGUAAAUAUAAUCAUCGUAAAUUUAUUUAGUAUUAGAAGAAAAUUGUGGGGCAUAAUUUCUAAUACUUAUCAAAUUAGUAACACCAAGACAGGAGAAUAAUAAGUAGAGUAAUAAAAAUCAAAGACAUUUUUCAAUUGUAAAUAAAAAAUAGACUGGACCGUAUUACUAAAUGUAAAAUCAUAAAAUGCACUUAAUCUUUCAUUAUGUUAACCGAAGUUACAGUACGGAAACAUACACCCAAUUUUGAUCAUAUUGUUUUACGUUACUCGUUGAUAUUUUCCUUUAAAAAUUAUCUUCAAACGUAUAAAAAUGUUAGGGAGAAAACAGAGCUUGAAGGGAGAACCGGUCCUCGCGGACUAUGGUCCAGAAGAGUCAUUAAAUGAAAGUGCCGAUAUAGAAUGGGUAAACAAGUUAUGGGUUAGAAGAAUUUUAAGAUCAUGUGCUCUUUUAAGUUUAUUAUCUGUUUCAUUAAACACUCCAAAAUCUUUUGAGAAAUAUACUUACCUGCAAACUGUUACAUUUGGUGUUGAUUGUAGUGUAACUCUUUUGUUUACUGCUGAAAUGAUUGCUAAAAUGCAUAUAAGAGGCAUACUGAAGGGGGAUGUAGCUUACUUGAAAGAUCAUUGGUGUCAGUUUGAUGCUUCUAUGGUGUUUUUCUUGUGGGUUUCUGUACUAUUACAAAUGUUUGAACUAACUGGAAUUGUACCCAGAUAUAGUUACCUAAGUAUAUUAAGGGCCCCAAGACCAUUGAUUAUGAUAAGAUUUCUCAGGGUGUUCUUAAAAUUCUCUAUGCCAAAAUCAAGAAUCAAUCAAAUAUUCAAGAGAUCAAGUCAACAGAUAUAUAAUGUGACACUAUUUUUUCUCUUCUUUAUGUCUUUGUACAGUUUAUUAGGUGUACAAUUCUUUGGUGAACUGACCCACCAUUGUGUCCGAAAUUAUACUAAUCCCAAUGAAGUUACAAUAAAUUCCCUAGCUAUACCCGAUACAUUUUGUUCACCUGAUCCUGAUUCUGGAUAUCAGUGCCCAGCUGGAAUGAAAUGCAUGAAACUUAAUUUGUCCAAGUAUAUAAUGGGUUUUAAUGGCUUUGAGGAAUUUGCAACAAGUUUAUUCACAGUUUAUCAGGCUUCAUCUCAAGAAGGUUGGGUUUUUAUUAUGUACCGUGCUAUAGACUCGUUGCCGACAUGGAGGUCUGCACUUUACUUCAGCACUAUGAUAUUUUUCCUAGCUUGGUUAGUGAAAAAUGUAUUCAUAGCUGUAAUAACAGAAACAUUUAAUGAAAUAAGAGUACAAUUUCAACAAAUGUGGGGUGUUCGAAAUCCUAUAACAAAAGGUAGUACAACACAGUUUUUCACUGGCGAUGACAAUGGUUGGAAGCUUGUAACUAUUGAUGAAAAUAAACAUUCAGGUAGUGCACCAGACAUUUUCCAUAAAAUGUUACGCUCUGCAUAUUUCCGUUUACUAGUGAUGGGCGUCGUCUUAGCUAAUGGAAUCAUAACGGCAACAAUGAAUUUUAAACAUGACAACAAUCCAAGAGAAUUCUUUUAUGAAAAAUACUAUUACAUUGAGAUUGCAUUCACAAUUUUCUUAGACUUGGAAGCAUUAAUAAAAAUAUGGUGUUUGGGAUUGAAAGGUUAUUUCAAGCAUUCUGUUCACAAAUUUGAAUUGUUACUAGCUAUUGGCACUACUAUACAUAUAAUACCGCAACUUUAUAUGUCAGUCUUCACGUAUUUUCAGGUUCUUCGUAUAGUAAGAUUAAUUAAAGCUUCACCACUUCUCGAGGGAUUUGUAUACAAGAUCUUUGGACCAGGAAAAAAACUUGGUAGUCUUAUUAUAUUUACUAUGUGUUUGCUCAUUAUCAGUUCUUCCAUCUCAAUGCAAUUAUUCUGUUUUCUCUGCGAAUUUACGAAAUUUGAAACAUUUCCCGAGGCGUUUAUGUCUAUGUUUCAAAUAUUAACACAAGAAGCAUGGGUGGAAGUUAUGGACGAAACUAUGGUGCGAACAAGUCAGACACUUACUCCUCUGGUUGCUAUAUAUUUCAUAUUAUAUCACUUGUUUGUCACCUUGAUAGUGUUAUCGCUUUUCGUAGCAGUUAUUUUGGAUAAUUUGGAGUUGGAUGAAGAUAUAAAAAAGUUGAAGCAACUUCGAUACCGUCAACAGAGUGCAGAAAUUAAAGAAAGCUUACCUUUUAGAUUGAGGAUAUUUGAGAAGUUUCCAGACAGCCCUCAAAUGACUAAAUUGCAUAAAGUUCCUGGAGAUUUUAAUUUACCUAAGGUGCGGGAGUCGUUCAUGCGGCAGUUCGUGUGCGAAGAGGGCGGCGAGGAGGAAGCGAGCGUGGCGGGCGUGGUGGGCGUGGUGGGCGUGGUAGGCGGCGGAGCGGGAAGCGGCGCGGCGCCCUCACAGGGUGACGUGUCGCGGCGCGCGUUUGAGUACAUCGGCGUCGCGAAGAUCGCCUUCCCGUAUCGCAAGCGCUGCCUCGUCAAGACCCUGGUCGUGGCGCCGCCCUCGCAGCGGCCCAGCUCCGCGCUGCGUCGCCACGUCGUCACCACCAUUAUCGAGGAUUCUAACAACCAUCGUCCAUUACUGGGAGACUCAGCUAUGCUGGCAACAGGUGGAAAAUCCGGCUUAAAACCUCAAGGGACCAUAUCUAGUGCUAAACAGUUACGAGUCGACCAAAAAAAGUUCGGUUCGCGGUCCAUACGACGCUCGGUACGCAGCGGUUCCAUCAAACUGAAGCAGACGUAUGAGCACCUGCUGGAGAACGGCGACAUUGGGGCCGCCUCCCGCGUUGUGCCCGCUUCGAGGUCCCGUCCACCCUACCUCGACAUACGCCUACUACAGGCCAAACGACAACAAGCCGAAAUGAGAAGAAAUCAACGAGAAGAGGAUUUGCGAGAGAACCAUCCAUUAUUCGAUACGCCAUUAUUGAUAGUCCCACGAGAAUCACGGUUCCGUAAAAUAUGUCGUGCUAUCGUAGACGCCCGGUACGAUGCUCGGUUGAGAGACCCUGUUACGGGCAAUGAACGAAAGGUCCAUUACAAAAGCUUUCAUAAUUUCCUUGGCCUAGUUACAUACAUGGACUGGGUUAUGAUUAUGGUCACUACUCUAUCUUGCCUGUCGAUGAUGUUCGAGACGCCUACUUACAGAGUUAUGGAAAAUUUUGUGUUACAGAUAGCGGAGUAUGGAUUCGUGAUAUUUAUGAGUCUAGAAUUGGCCUUAAAAAUUCUUGCUGACGGUCUUUUCUUUACACCUAAAGCAUAUCUUAAAGACGCUGCCGCUGUAUUGGAUGUGUUUAUUUACAUUGUGUCGCUGACAUUCUUAUGCUGGAUGCCUGUGCGUGUACCUCCAGGGUCGGCUGCGCAGAUGCUUAUGAUCCUACGCUGCGUGAGACCGCUUCGCAUCUUCACACUCGUGCCGCACAUGCGUAAAGUAGUUUACGAGCUGUGUCGCGGUUUCAAGGAGAUCCUAUUGGUAUCUACUCUGCUGAUUUUGCUAAUGUUCGUAUUCGCAAGUUAUGGUGUUCAGUUAUAUGGUGGAAGGCUGGCACGUUGCAAUGAUCCCACUAUUAAGCGUCGUGAAGACUGCGUGGGUGUAUUUAUGCGACGAGUAUUUGUUACAAAAAUGAAGUUAAGGCCUGGACCGAAUGAGACUUUUCCUUCUAUGCUUGUCCCCAGAGUAUGGGCUAAUCCGAAGAGAUUUAAUUUCGAUAACAUCGGCGAUGCUCUGUUGACUUUGUUUGAAGUGCUAUCAUUUAAAGGAUGGUUGGAUGUUCGUGACGUGCUUAUCAAGGCGUUAGGUCCCGUGCACGCACUUUACAUUCAUGUUUACAUAUUCUUGGGUUGUAUGAUCGGACUGACGCUAUUUGUUGGCGUGGUCAUAGCAAACUACUCUGAAAAUAAAGGCACGGCUCUGUUGACUGUAGACCAAAGACGAUGGUGUGAUUUAAAGAAGAGAUUGAAAAUUGCUCAGCCGCUUCAUUUACCGCCGCGACCAAACAAACGGAAAGUGCGAGCUUUUGCUUACGACGUAACACAAAAUUUGAGCUUUAAGAGGGUUAUAGCUAUUGUCGUACUAAUCAACAGUGGACUGUUGGCAGUAACUUGGUCUCGUUAUUCACCUUACACCGAACAAUUGGCACUCACGUCGGCUCUCUUAACCCUGGUUUUUGUCGUGGAAGUUCUACUGAAGACAAUAGCGUUCACCCCUCGUGGUUAUUGGCAGAGUCGUCGCAACAGAUACGAUUUACUUGUAACAGUGGCUGGGUGUAUCUGGAUAUUUAUGCACUUUAUACUAAAGAAUGACUUAUCAUACUUCGUUGGAUUUAUGGUAGUGAUAUUGAGAUUUUUUACAAUAACCGGCAAGCAUACGACACUAAAAAUGCUCAUGCUGACAGUUGGAGUGAGUGUGUGCAAGAGCUUCUUUAUCAUAUUCGGCAUGUUCUUGCUCGUGUUCUUCUAUGCGCUGGCUGGCACUAUUGUCUUUGGGAACGUUAAGUAUGGCGAGGGUAUUGGUAGGCGUGCAAACUUCAACUCGCCCAUUCACAGUGUGGCGAUGCUGUUCCGCAUUGUAACAGGCGAAGACUGGAACAAAAUAAUGCAUGACUGCAUGGUCGCACCACCAUAUUGUACUCCCGCAGACAAUUACUGGGAGACGGACUGCGGUAACUUCACCGCCUCUCUAGCUUAUUUCUGCACCUUUUAUGUUAUUAUUACAUACAUCGUUCUAAAUCUGCUUGUGGCUAUUAUCAUGGAAAAUUUUUCCUUAUUUUAUUCUAACGAGGAAGAUGCUUUGUUAUCAUAUGCUGACAUUAGAAACUUUCAAAAUACAUGGAACGUUGUUGAUGUGCACCAAAAAGGUGUAAUACCAGUAAGAAAGGUGAAGUUCAUUUUAAGACUCCUUAAGGGGCGGUUAGAGUGUGAUACACAUAAGGAGCGGUUACUAUUUAAAUACAUGUGCUACGAGCUGGAGCGACUGCACAACGGAGAAGAUGUUACAUUCCAUGAUGUCAUCAAUAUGCUUUCAUAUCGUACAGUGGAUAUUCGUAAAUCAUUGCAAAUGGAAGAGUUGCUAGCCAGAGAGGAAUUCGAAUUUUUGAUUGAGGAAGAGGUUGCAAAACAAACUAUAAGGACAUGGCUAGAAGGAUGUUUGAAAAAAAUAAGAGCCAAUAGCAGUAAACAACAGACAAGCCUUAUAGCGGGUUUGAGAAAAACAAACGAACAAGUUGUUGAUAUGAAUAAUGAAAAAACUGAUAAGGAAAAAUUUGAAACUGAGACCCAGCAAAUCAUCGCUAAUGUGGGAAGAACUGAGAUCACUGAAUCGACAUCGCAACCUCUAAUGUCUAAUAUUACAUCCUUUGAUACGCAACCAAAAAGAUCCUCAACAAAAGGACAAUUUAAACGGCCUGGAUUGCCAUCUGUUACGAUACCGAGACCGGAGAGCCCUGUUAAGAAAUAUCUUCAGCCAACUUUAAGUGACCCGCACCCUGCACUUAAUAAGAAAGCCGCACCGGUGAUGAAGACCAACAACCGUGGUUCCCAUAACAGUUCUGGGAUGGGGUCUAGCGUGGUGGUGGGCAGUGUAGGCGCCGGCGGUUGCUCGGCCGCUCUGCACGAGGUGCAAUCCUGGUGGGGAUCACAGCUCUCGCACUAUGCUCUCGUCGACUGUGACUAGACUGGCUUGUAUACAGUAUACAACAACCGAGUAUAUUAUCGUCUCAGUACACCGUAACACCGAUGGAGAACUUCAAUGUCAUCUCAUAAGAGAAGAAUUUUGUCUACUGUUACCUGGAGGCUUGGGCUA